GAACCGCAAGCGCAGCGAGCUAGAACGCCACAAAAUCGGCGACGGAGAAAUCGCGAGAUCGGCAGAAUAUAGUAUCAAGUGUAGUUGAGUCGAGUCGAGUCGAGUGCGAGUGCCGGUGAAAAUACAGUCCUCAGCUUUUCCCCAUUUUUGUGCCAUUGGGUUCAAGUGUUCAAACGCCAAAAGUGCAAGUGUAUCCCCAUUAUAGGUUGCUGCUCUAAGGUAAAAAUAUUUAAGUAAUCUUGGGGGACUCACAGGCGGCGACAUAAAGCCAUUUUAUCUGUUCGCAAACCAGCGCAGCCAUGGAUUUUAGAAAGCAUUUGGGUUUAAUGACACUCGUCCUAGUCGCCGUACUCGCGUUUUACGGUCGCCCAGCGGACGCCUGCAGCUGCGAGCGGAUGCACCCACAGAAGCACUACGCCCGGGCGGACUAUGUUGUGCAGCUGCGAGUCCUUCGCAAAUCAGACACCAUCGAGCCGGGCAAGACCACCUACAAAGUUCAUAUCAAACGCACCUACAAGGCAACUCCCGAGGCACGUCAUAUGCUGCGCGAUGGUCGCCUUGCCACGCCCCGCGAUGAUGGCAUGUGCGGGAUCAAGCUGGAACUCGGCAAGAUCUAUAUCGUAGCGGGCAGACUGCCGAUGCUGAACAUUUGCAGCUACUACAAGGAGUACACCAAGAUGACCAUCACGGAGCGCCAUGGCUUCAGCGGCGGCUAUGCCAAGGGUAGCAGUUGCGAAGUAAUUCCCUGCUACGGAACGAGUUGCUUUAGGUUCCACCCUCAUGCGGAUGAGUGCAAGUGGUCGCCAAAUGGAAAAUGCGAGACGGAAUACAGCGUCUGCGUGCCGCAUACAAGGCAGACGGACAAUGGAGUGAUUUCUCGGUGCCGCUGGCGACGCACGCAGAUGUACAAAAAGUGCCUGAGCUAUCCGUAAUGCUAUCAGUUUUAUCCCUACAGUCCGCUCCCUUGUUAUGCUACCGUUUUUCUCUGUCCAGAGCUUUAAUACGUACGUUAUGCCUAAUGUGUUAUUGAUUAAUUGAUGCUUUUGAACUUGUAACCGGCUCUGUAGCAGCUACUUAAUUAGUGUCUAG